CAUGAUGCGUCGCAGCCGGACAACCAUGUCUUUUCUGAGCAUGGAGAAAUCCCGAGAGCCUCUGGACCUGGGGCCCUGCGUUGUGGCAUCCUCCACCAGUGCAGUCAAGCGGCGCUUUUCUGGGACCCCUCUGCUCCCGCCUUUGGCAGGCAGACAUGUGGCCACUACGGACCUCAGCCAAGAACCAGAGCAUGGAAGGGUCGUUUUUACCAUUGAGGAGGACACGUCUGAAGGCGCAAAAGACCACCAUGUGGCCAGUUUUGAAGUCGGGCCUCUUCGAAGCGAGAUGACGAAUAAUCCACUUUUUACGGCGGUUGUUGACGCUGGUGGUGUUUUGCAAAUGUCUGGCGUGGAAAGAAAUAACCUCGCAGGAGGCUUGAGCAAAGAUUAUUGA